AUGGGAAAAUUUUUAAAGGUGCUAAUGCCAUGGCAUCGAGGUGCGAAGAAAGUUUCUAAACAUUUCGUAUUGGAUGCGGAUCCGAAUUGGAAGCAGACAGACUGGGAUAAGGAGGUUUUCAACCCAGACUGGACACUUAAGCCGGGCUGGGAGGUUCGUGUCGAAGGCGUUAAGACUCGACGUGGUUGGGAGCAUGUAUUUUAUAAUAAAAAGCUUGGGAAAACCUAUGAAGAUGUUGACAUGCUGCGACGACGUUUACUCUUGGCCUAA